UUUAACGUUUAUUUAUUUUUUAUAAAAAAAAACAACAACAUCAGAUUAAUGAUCCAAGGUAUAAAUCCAAGAUACGCAACCGGCCAUAAGCGAGAACCCACAAAGCAUUAAAAAUGUUAUUCCGGAAAAAAGAGUUAAUCAUAGUAAUUCUAAAUUUAGAAUUUCUACAUUGCAUCCGCCUUCAUUUUUUUCUAGGGAAGUAUAACCAUUAGGCACCGUGCCUAUGAAACGUUUGAUGCAGUAUUAAAGAAUUGAGGCUCAUUUUCUAGAUUUAGUGGAGAGAAUUCCAGCAUCAGUAUGAGUUACCAGAAGAUGUAUAUGAACCAGAUCUAUUCCAGUUCCAUCAUGAGACAGGUGGCACUUAUGUGGAAAAAUCAGCUUCUGUGUGAUGCUGUCAUUAAAACUGGGAAUGUACAAACAAAGGCUCACAGACUGGUGCUAAUAGCAGCAUGUCCAAUGCUACAAGAUACAGAUAAUGCAUCGGUAGGGUCACAUUUAGAAGUACGACUGAAUUCUGACAUUACCGAAACAGCAGUAACAACAUUUUUGCAGUAUCUAUAUGAAGGCUACAUGAUGUUAACUGAAGAUAAUUGCCGAGAUGUGGAGAAGAUUGCUAAACUGCUUCACAUGGACAGUAUUACCAAGUGUUGCACAGACUUUCAGAAAUGUAUGAACAUCAAAAUGGGAUACACCUCAUCUCAAGGACUAAACUUUGAUCUACAAGACAGUAUUGAUUUUCGUUUUGUCAACACAACAGAUUUGCUUAAAAUGGUCCCAGAAAAUCAACUGAAGAGACUAAACAAAGAAAUGAACCCAGUCAGUCCAGCAUACAAACGACCUAGAUACCAGCAGUCUGGACAUUUCUCUAACCACUCUUCACAAAGGCCAGAUGAUCACUUAUCCAUGAAUGACAGUUAUAACAUAUCAAGUGAAAGAAUUCAAGCCAGGAGUCAAAGUCAGGACGAAGGAGUCAUUGACAUCAGUGAAAACAGUGUAGAACUAGUGAAUAUUGGGCCAGGAGCCAGAGACACAGAUGGGUGGCCGAUUAAUACUGACCUGCCACCUAUCAGAACAAGCUCCUCAGUGUCUGUAACCAAUCAAAAAGAAACAGCUUCAGAUGUUCAAAUUGUUGAUGUGCAACCAGCCAGAAUUGACAGGUCACAACCUCAGCAAUGCAACAUAGCAACGUAUGGCAGAAUUCAAGAUUCGAGAAGCAAUUCGUUCAUUGCUGGGACCUCUCAAGCUAUACCAGUUGAUGUUCAGAGUCAUUCCCCGAGUUCUGCAAGAGGUACUGAAGAGUCGCCACAGUAUAUUAGUAUGUCCUCUAAUACAGUCAGAGAAAACACUCCAGCUUUGUCACCUCUAAGCUCAGGCUCACCAAAUAGCAAUAGAAAACACCGAGGAGCAGAUGAGAUUAGCAGACCUUUUGCUUUAGGUUCAGCUCCUACAGAACACAGGUCUUUCUCUAUGCUGCCUGCUUCAAGUAUUAAAGCAGUGGACCUUGUUCAAAAUGCACACAUAUAUCCAGAGACUCAGAAAUCUAUCAAGGAUAUCACUUACAGAAACUCAAAUGAUGAAGUUAAAGAAAAAAGCAGAACUUCAGCAUCACCAGAGCCAAUAGUAGUGAAGUUAGAAGAGGAGGAUACUGAAUCUGGAAAGAUAGAAGUGUAUAUUCAAGAUCCCCAGAAUGAUUCUUACAGCCAUGAUCCAGGUGAUCCAGGAGGGGAAGGCCUUGUUGAGCUUGAUACAGAUUUGUCCAAUGACGACAGCAUUACCAUGGAACCAGGACCCUCAUGGCAACCACAAGAGGGACAAGACCCUGCAUGUAGAUCCACAAUGAAGAUUGCCAAGGAUAGUAGAAACGAAGACAUAACAACUAUGGUGUUAAAUGCAUUGGCAACAUACAGAAGAAACCAAAAUGAUGGAAUGGAAAUCCUAACAACUCAGAUAAACGACCUCACCAAAGACAUGGUCCAGGUCUGUGAAAGCAGUGCUUCGAUACAAUAUAUGGUCGAGGAAUUAAUAGAAAGUUCUAGCACUGUUGAAAAACUGCUAAUAAACAUGACACCAGGUUUGAAUGAUGAAGAAGAGGACAUGGCAGCAAAUGAAAUGAGCUCAGAAAGAGGAGAAGAGAGUGAUUCUGUAUCUCUAGAGAGAGAACCUGGAGAUUUCAGAAAGAUGACCUCUAACUAUGAGAGUUUCUUUGCCGAGGCAUGCGAGUCCUCCAAGGAACAAGCCUCUGGUAAAUACAAAGAUAACUUUUCUGAUAUUCCUCAGGUUUAUCAAAUUUCCCAAGCAGCAAUGAAGGAACUGAAAGCAAGUUCAAGGAAUGCAGGAGUAUUUGCAGGCAACAUCAUUAAAAAGUUAUUUCCUGAACUGUUUGGACCAAGUAAUUUAAGAUUUCGGUAUUCCUUCUUCGGUGGUGGAAAACUGAAAAAAUGUGAACUAGAUCGUCAAAGGAAAUCAUAUAUGAGACGUUAUGUUACCGCUGCAUACCCAGAAAUCUCUUCUGAAAGUGACUGGAAAAGUAUUGUCAGUAGAGUGAAUGAAAUACUGAGACGUCCUUCACUGUCAAUAAGAAAACCAAAGGACGAUAGUGAAAAUGCAGGACCACAGCAGAUAUCUUAGAUAUGUGGGGACCUUUGUAAAUUACGUAUGUCUUCUGAUCACAGCAGAUGUCUUAGAUGGAUGUGGGGACCUUUGUGAAUUAUGUAUGCCUUCUUCAUUAUCAUUGUGGUAGUUGAUGCAUAUCCCCCUCAUGAGAUAUUUUUAGUGAAGAGUCGAAUUAGAAUGUAAAUACAUAUUGCAAUAUUUGUCAUUUUUAUCCAAAUAAGAAAUAUGAGGUGAUAUUUUUUGUUGAUCGUUUUCAUGGCAAGACUGAUAUAUGCAUGCCGGAUUUUUGAAAGGUAUGGAAUGUCUGUAGUAUUAGUUUCGCUUUUUAAUUUUGAAAAGAUUGGUCAAAUUCAAAUUUGACACCUACUCCUAUAAAUAAGUGUGUGUAGAUAUGGGUUUGUUUUAUUUCUUUUUGGUUGGAUGUUUUAUACAUAAUACUCACAUUAACAACGUCUUGAUUUCCUGUAAGUUUUUGGAUUUCGGUUUCCAGGGCAAGUCUAAAAAGACACUUUUUGUAAUAGAAGGAGUGUUUGAUGAAUUCUUAACCUAAGAAAUGUAGAAAUUCCCGAUGAGGUUUUAAUCAAAGAAAUGUACAAAUUCCCUAACAAACGUUUUUCUCUUGGUAGGUGUCCAUGCCUCAGGUUCAGCGAAAGUUGUUUCUCAGGAGGCACCGGUUGUUCCUGUAGGCAUGCCCAUUUGUGCCAAAAUUGCGGGUAGCUUCUUCUGUAAACAUUGCAGUGACAGAUUUACAUAUGAAGUAGACUUAGUGCAACAUCUUCAAGCAGUUGAGAGGCUUAACGUGUGUAGAGUGUGUCGCGUUUGUGGAAAAUAUUUCAGAUCUGCUAAUGGCCAUAAAUACCAUAUGCUUAUGAACCAUAAUGCAAGCAAAAGUAAUUUCCGUUGUCAGAUAUGUGGACGAUUUUGCCAGGGUGCUAGCUUUUUGAGGAAACAUUUGAAAACACAUGAUAAAGUUAAAGAAUGAGGGUUGCAUUCAUGCGACUCUUUACCCUUUCACAAAUGUUCAUUUUUGUGAUGUUUAGUAUACUACAUGUACAGUAUAUAAUUUCUUUACGUGCAAUAUUUACAUAGUUUAGAUUUGUUAUUUGUACGUAUUUGACGUGAAAAUGUUUUGUGGUGAUUUGAAACCCAGAAAGUAUUGAAGAGAUGAGGGGGGAAUUAAAUUUAAAUGUUUAGUUGCUUUUCACACAAGUCUUUCUUUUCCACGCUUCCUAUGAGUCCUUGUAAAAGAGAAAACGUGGUCCUGUGUGAUGACAAACACAUUCCGAAUGCAUUGGCUAAAGCUCAUAGCGUAUGUUCUUUUUUAUCUGUAUGCUGUUGAACGUUCCUUUAAAAAAUCACUCCUGUAGAGACGUCACCUAACAUAGGUUAAUACAUGUGUUUAACAUCUAUCAGUUCAGGUUAAUACAUGUGUUUAACAUAUAUCAGUUCAGGUUAAUACAUGUGUUUAACAUCUAUCAGUUCAGGUUAAUACAUGUGUUUAACAUCUAUCAAAUCAGGUAAAUACAUAAUUAUGUUUAACAUCUAUCAGUUCAGGUUAAUACAUACAUGUGUAUGUGUAACAUCUAUCAUUUCAGUUUAAUACAUGUGUAACAUCUAUCAGUUCAGGUUAAUACAUAUGUUUAUCUGUUCAGGUAAAUAAAUAUGUUUAUCUAUCAGUUCUCUCUGGGACAUAAAAUGCCAUCCAGUGAACUUAAUGUUCUUUCACAGCAUUUUACAUUUCGAAAGGAAAUUUAUUUCCAGGUAUAUACUAUCCAGGAGUACAUGUUGUGUUAUUGCCAUGGUCAAGGUUCGCUAAUUAUCUCCUAGCAAUUUUUUGUUUGUCUCUGACAAUAUGAUAGGUUAAACGUGCCCGUCUCUGCAUAAGUUUGUGCAUUUCUGGACAUUUAUGUGAAGAGUCUAGAUUUUAGUCUCGUACAUGCACUUGCUACGGAGAUGAGAAGAGGAUGCAUUUUGUUUUCUGGGUUAAAAAAAAGCCUUAUAGAUACAGAUCAUAUUGAAUGUAUUUUGUAAGGGAUAUUUUCUUGUUGUGACCUUGUUAGGAAAACAAUUGGUCAGAUUAUUUUACAUGUACUUAUUGAAUUGUUUUUAUUGAUACAUUGUUCUUAUCUUCGCAAUAUUUGUAAUUUGAAAAUGUUGUCAUUGGUUUUAUGUAUUGUUCAAAUAUUCAUCAAUAUUACAUAAUUUGAUGUAAUUUCAAUUCUGUGUACAAUGAACGUUAAAGUGUAUGUUUUUUGGGGGGGAAAGAACUUGAUUAGUACCUUUAUAUACACAUCUGAAAGUUUUUAGUUUGAAUUUCUAUUCUAAGUGAUGUAACUGAUCAUCAUAUAUUGGUCGUUUUCGUAAUUAAAUUUGUACAGUGGAAGUAAUAAACAAGUAUGUAUAGAUACUCUCUGUUGUCAAUUAUACGGCCUGGAUGCUUUACAUAUUGAAGGCAUUGUCUGCAAAAUAUGAUACUGAAGAACUUGUAUUAAAAAAUCUCUAAAAU